AUGACUUCAGGAACGCCCCCCAAAACCCAUGCAUCUGAUCAUCAGGAUUUCAUUAUGAAAGUCAGCAAAGCCACAGAUGAUUACUGCUUGGACUUUUGUGGGCAGCACUAUGCGCCCACAUGCCAUGCAGCAUACAGGCGCCGCGACAUUUGGAGCCGGCCCGAGCUGGCCUACGAGGAGCAACAGGCGCACGACACCAUGACCCGCUUCUUCUCCAGCGGGGAGCGGCCGGGCGCCGCCUGGGCCGUGCAGCCGCGCUACAAGCUGGGCACGGCCUUCCGCGCCGAGUGGGGCACGGCCGCCCCCCAGGGCCCGCGCCCGCUCCGCAUCGCCUUCCUCUGCGAGUACGACGCUUUGCCCGGCUUGCCACGCCCCUGCGGGCACAACCUCAUCGCCGAGGUGGGAGCCGCCGCCGCGCUGGGGCUGAAGGCCGCCCUGGAGAGCCUGCCGCAGCCGGCGCCCGUCGCCGUCCAGAUCACGGUGCUGGGGACGCCUGCGGAAGAACAAGGAGGAGGCAAAAUAGACCUGAUAAACGCUGGAGCGUUUGACGGCCUGGAUGUGGUUUUUAUGGCACACCCCUCGCAAGAAAACGCAGCGUACCUGCCCGAUGUGGCCGAGCACGAUGUGACUGUGAAAUACUAUGGAAAAGCUUCUCAUGCUGCUGCUUAUCCUUGGGAAGGAGUUAAUGCAUUAGAUGCUGCUGUUCUUGCAUACAACAAUCUGUCUGUUUUAAGACAGCAAAUGAAACCGACCUGGAGAGUUCAUGGUGUAAUAAGAAAUGGUGGCGUGAAACCUAACAUCAUUCCUUCUUACACUGAACUAGAAUUUUACUUGCGUGCCCCUUCAAUGAAAGAUCUUUCUGUUCUGACAGAGAAGGUUGAGAACUGCUUCAAAUCUGCAGCGCUGGCCACAGGAUGCAAAGUGGAAAUAAAAGGUAGUGAAAAUGAUUACUACAAUGUGCUUCCAAAUAAGAGCCUGCAGAAAGUUUACAAGGAGAAUGGAAAGAAGCUUGGAAUAGAGUUCAUAUCAGAAGACUGUAUCUUGAAUGGUUUGUCAGGUUCCACGGACUUUGGAAAUGUUACAUUUGUAGUCCCUGGACUUCAUCCUUAUUUUUAUAUUGGCUCUGAUGCAUUGAAUCAUACUGAGCAGUACACAGAAGCUGCAGGGUCACAGAAUGCUCAGUUCUAUGCUUUGCGCACAGCAAAAGCUUUGGCAAUGACAGCACUGGAUGUCAUUUUCAAGCCAAGUCUGCUAGAAGAAGUCAGGGAAGACUUUAGACAGGUGAAGCUAAAAGAAGAGGGACAAACAAAUCCAGUAGAACCUAACAAAGAAUCUGACAUUGGCAUAGGAGCAUGUGCAUCACACUAAACUUCAUUAAACCUCUCUCAGUAGGAUUGACUUAAUGGAGAUGCCGUAUUUAAAUCCCAGAAGGGGCUGGAUAAACGCAAAGCUGAAGAAAUGUUUUUUUUUUUUUGGACUUUAGGAGAAGCAAAAUAGUAUCAUUGCUUUCAAAAAUGUGCAAUUUCAUCUAGCUGUAAUGUUUGCUCUAUUCAAUAUGGUGAUGAAUUUCAGAGAGAAAUCUCAAAUAUGUUGUCUUUAAGUUGCAGUGUUGAACAAAUGAUAGUGUUUAGAUCCUUUGUCAGUGAUUUUCUAUGUACUGCUAAAGUAAUAUUCCUUAUAGGGGAAAUGUGGCAUUUACAUGGAAAUUUUUGUUCUAAAAUAAGCACUGUUCACUCGGUGAUCGUAAGCUGAAUCUGGUCUAUGAAGCCUUUCUCUCUGGCCCGUCACUUUUUCUUGGGACAAGAUAGAGGCUUAAAACCUGAGCUGGUUUCACUGGAAAGAAGGGUGUAUGUUUGGAGCUUCUAGCGAUGGAAGAGAACUGUUUGUUUGGAAAUGCGAUCUGUAAAGGUUGAUUGUCCUGAAAUGCAUUGACCUUCCUCCUAAUAAAUUUUGGAGGUGGUGUGGAGAAGUCAUCGAUCAAAAAAAUUGGAAAGCAACUAAAUGUUUAUUUGUUUAAAUUAACACAUUUAAACUACUGCAGGAAAACGCACAUGCACCUUUUUUAAGUUCUACUCUAAGGCAAUACAAGUGUCCACACAAGAUGUUGCACUAGCUUAACUGAUCCGAAGGAUGUGUAUAAAUUUAGCUAAACCAGUGGAAAUCUCUUUCACGAAUAUGCAAGCGUGGUACCAUGAAGCAGUAAAUGAAGGUAACCUUAAACUGGUUGUGUGCAAACCCCUGUAGUAAGCUCUGAGAAGCUUGCACUGAGGAUUGCUUGUGCAGUAACUGGCUUCUCAAACCUCUUUGUUCUCUUAUCCUAAGCAGCAGAUCUGUUAAGUCUUGCCAGUUGUCCUUUCUGCGUGUUGUGUGGUUAGUCUGUUUAAUCCUUGUUAUUUUGCUUCCCAGAGACGUGAAUGUUGCAAAUUUUAUCUAGGUGGUGUUCUGUGUGUCUAAACCUGUUAGGAUUUUUUUUUAAUUCGCUUGUUAAAGGAUCACGUGAAUACAUAGAGAAGGAACUAAUCUUUUGUUCAGAUACAAAUUGCUGAGUCAAUGGACAGACUGAGUGAAAAAGCAGCUUACUGGUUAACAUUUUCCUAAGCAUAGGUAUUAUAGUAAACUUCUGAAAAGAAGUCAGGCAAACUCUAUUCCCCAGGAAGUCAGAAUACCCCAAAUCAUUUCAGAAACCUUGUUUUUAACAGCACCAGUCUCUAAAUGGUAAACUCUAGAAUUCUAAUCAGAGUUUGUUUUAUUAAUUUCUAUAUUCAAUUUCUAAUUUUGGAAAAAAACAGAUUCCUUAUCUUGGUUUAACUGUGUACUCCCUCUGCGUUUCUGCGCCCUCUUUAACACAGACCUCCAGCUGCUAUUUAAGAAUUCUAUUGACACUUCCCCUGUUUAGAAGGAAAAAAGUGUGACUAGGCUGGCUGCUGUUUGUAUGUCAUGUAGACAGUGUAGACAACAUAAUUUGACAGUUUUUAGACUUUCUGAUACUUAAGCCUCUGUGCUUGUAGUCAUAGGACACAGACUAUCUGUUAAUCUAUUAAAUGCUCAGUGUCUUUGGAAAAAGGAAGUAACUGUUUAUCUGUUUCUCUAAGAACUAGAGGCACAAUUAAAGGGGUUUGUUCUGUAUUACAAGCCGGUCAUUACUCAUUUGAAGAGUUGAGCAUGACCAUGUGUAUUCCAGGUUACAAGAUGCUCCUUACUUACACCGGUAUCCUUGCUUUCAUUAGCAGACAGUUUUGACAGAUGAAUGCGUGAAGCAGGUGAGGGUUGGACUCAGAGCUAUAGGUAUGUCCAGGAUAGUAAGUUGGAUACUAAAUCCAACUGAAAUUUGGUCCAAGGUUUGUCAAAGGAUCUUUUCCAUUAACUUUUAAUUUAAACCCUGCUUUGCCAGUUCUCGGACACAGUUGUAAUUCAUUAAGUUCUACUGGGUUAACAAGCUAGCUUAUGAAUUUCCUUAGCAUAUGUGGCUUUUUAUUUCCUCCUGCAUGAACUGCUUAACUUCUUGCUUUGCUGUUUUUAAGAUGGAGUGUUGGGAUCCAAGUGAUAGCAGUACGUGCUGUGUUGUUGUUUCCUACAAGCUGAUGUGCAUUACAGCCUUCUCAGUUCUCUUUGUCCAGACUAGCUGGCUGUUGGCUGCAUCAUGUCCGAGAUCAUUUAAUAAGCAUUUCUGCACUAAAAGCUUAUCUUUUGUUGUAAUCAUUGUUGGAAUUAAAAUGAAACUGAAUACUGAUUAAAGAUGAGUUGAUAUCAAUAAAGCAAUUCAAUUGUGACUG